UGCAUGUAUUUGAAUGAUAUCCGCCGCCAUGGCGCCAUUGCUGUUGCGACAUAUGUAGCGUGACAAGUCAUGUCAAUUUUGUUCUUGAUAUAUGAAAAACUCCAAUGGCAGAUUCUUUUUUCGGGUUCAAUACUUCUUUUCCGAACCUAAAUGACGACGAAGGUGGCGGGGGGCCUUCGGAGGAUGAGUAUGAUGCACUCAACGAUGAGACCUUUGGCCAGGACUCGGACGAGCUGGACUGGGAGGUGGAGCACGAGCAGCUGGCGGAGCAGCUGGAGAGCAGUCGGCGGCACCACGCCCACGUAGACGACGACAACCUACAGCUCGAAGCGUCCCUGUCCAAGUUGGUGCUGGACGAGCCGGAGCCGGCGCACCUCUCCCUGGGCUCCUCCGUGUGGCGGCACGACCUCUCCUUCCCCACACCCGCCGCUCCCACACCUGUGCCACCGCUCAAAAAUGUGUGCACGGUGGAGGAGUUGGAGAGACAGUUACGUCAGGGCCAGGUGCAUCAGCAGCUGCAGCAGCAGCAGCAGCAGCAGCAGCAGCAGGUCGCCUUCCCCACACAGAACUACUAUCAGCAAAGGUUUCCGACCAUGAUUUUACAAAGACCACCCGGGCUCCAGGCGCCGGUUCCUCUGCCGUUUGCUCCGCAGCAGCCCACAGGACACAAUAAUAGUCAGAUGAGCGCGUCAUUAAACAAAAUCGUCGGCCAAUCCGGACAAAUGAACCAAAUGUCUCAAGGAAAUCAAGCAAUGCAAAACCAUAUGAUGCAAAAUGUCAACUCAUUGGGUCAAAAUAUGAGUCAAUUGAGUCAGAAUACCAACCAACUGAGUCAGAAUAUGAAUCAAAUUGGUCAAACUAUCAACCAAAUGACACAAAACAACCUAUUCAUGCAAAACAAUCAACUGAAUCCCCAGUUUCAGAAUAACCAAAUGGGACAGACCAUGAUGAACCAAAUGCAACAUAACAUGCAGAAUGUUCAUCAAAUGAGCCAAUCCAACCAGAUGUUAAAAAACCAAAUGGGACAGAAUAUGAGCCAAAUGGAUCAAACUAUGGCGCAAAUGAGCCAAAGUAUGAACCAAAUGAAUCAGAUGAAUCAAAUAAGUCAGAGCAUGAACCCUUUGGGGCAGAAUAUGAACCAGAACAUGAACCAGAUGUUGUCAAAUGGCAGCCAGUACGGGCCGGGAAUGAACCAGUUCACUCAUAUGCUGGGCCAGUCCCGGAUCCCUCCACCUCCGGGAAUGGGGAUGCAGCGACAAAAUUUUAGUCCAAGUAUGAACCAAUUUAAUCCUAAUUUUCGUGGCCCAAUGACAACUAAUAAGUCAACAGAACAACAAACACAAAUAAAUCAGAAUAUGUUGAUGAACCAACAUCUAAAUAAUCAACAAAUAGUAAACCAGAAGAUUGUCAAACCUGUAAUGAACUCCCAGCAGAUGACACAGCAAAACCCACAGCAGGUCAACUCACAGCAGCUGGCCAAUCAGCAAAUUAACAUGCAGCAUAAAAACUCCCAGCAAAUGAGUCUACAGCAAAUGAAUUCGCAGCAAAUGAACUCGCAACAAAUAAAUGCACAGCAAAUGAACUCGCAACCAAUAAACUCUCAGCAAAUGAACUCACAACCUAUGAAUUCGCAAAUGAAUCCUCAGCAGUCCAAUGUGAAGCAAAUGAAUCAGCAAAUAAACUCAAAACCAGCAAACACACAGCAAAUGAACAUGCAGCACAUCUUGCCUCAGCUGAACUCUCCACAGAACAAGGGCAACCAGUCUGCCCUCAAACCUGUCUCCAACCAGAGGAACGAGAAAGUGCAGAAGAGUCGAGUGUACAACAACACAAACACUAAGAUGAUGACGUCACAGAACCUGGCCAAAUUCCUGAUGCAGUCGACGUACCCCGUGCUGCCAUACAACAGCUUCCACAACGCCAGCCACCACCCCAUGCUGCACCGGGGGGCCGUGUUCACCAACAACCAGUUCAUCAACAACCAUCCCAUGUUUAACAAUCAACGCUCCAAUGGCACAUUCAAUAAUGUCAACAGACACAUGAUGAACGGUGAGGACAGCGGUGCUGGUGCAGAGGUGGACGAGUACGCGGGCCUGAUGACGGCGCGCGAGAAGCAGUGGCUCAUCAACAUACAGAUGCUGCAGCUCAACACCGGAACUCCAUACAUACAUGACUUCUAUUACACUGUAUUCCUCGAGCGGCAAGCGAACAAAGAGAAAGAGGGGGUGAAAGAGGCCCACAAGGCUAACCAGCAAAAUCAUCCCUUCUACAGCGGGGGGGUGAAGCAGGAGACGGGUCGGGAGCGGCACAACUCUCACCGACACAACUCUAGCAGCGAGGAGGCCGCGCCCCGACAGUAUGUGCCCACGCAGUUUGAGAACUCGCUCGGGAAACUGCAGUGCGGCAGUGUGACGGCGCCGCGCAAGAUAAUAGACGUGGAGGUGGUGUCUGCAGAGCCCGCGUCCGGCCGCACCUCGCGCGCCCCCAGCGUCGCCAGCACCACCAACCCCGCAGAGGUGCCGCGCGAGGUGCGCCGCACCAAGCAGGUGUUGCUGGACAUCGAGGCGCUGUACGUAACGCUGCUGCGUCUCGAGGAGCUCAACGACCCCCUCGCCAUCGCCAACGCGCUCAUACUCAAGGAAAGAGAAGAGAAGCAGAAGCAGCUGGAAGCGGCCCAGAAGGAGGCAAUGGAGAACGAGGCAGAAGACGAGUCCAACCUGUUUCUCAAGAACAUAGAGUCGGUGCAGAGAAGGCCGAAGCAGGACAGUCCUAAGAGUGAGAGCAUAGACAAGAGACAGGUGGUGAACCUGGCGGUGAGUCAGAAGCCUGCGCCGGUGAAGAACCUGCUGGACGAGGACCGCGAGGAGCUGCUGGGCCGCAUGUUCGCCGCGCUGCUGCACGCCGACCGUCUGCCGCAGAUACUGGCCGUGCGCAAGGGCAGGGCGCUGGUGGCGCGGUUCGCGAGCCGCGCGCCUUGCGGGCACGUGCGCAUGCGUGCGCUGUGGGCGCGAGUGUUGCGCGCUCUGCCGCACGCCGCGCGCCGGGACGACGGCGGUCUGGCCGCGCUCGCGCCGCACUACCGCAGGUACAUCCAGAACACGACGGGCUGGUCUGCGGUGCUGGAGUCGUGCGGCAUCCUGGCGGAGACCAUCGACCCCGCGCGCACUCCGCACGCCCUCACCACGGCCUUGACUCUGAGCUGCGUGUGCGCAAUGGUGGAGAAGGCGGCCACUCUGGUGAACACGCCGGAGGCGACGUCCAGCGAGAGGCAGUGGUACAAGUUCCUCAAGAGCCUCGCGCGCGCCCUCAAGAACACCGGCCUCGCGGUCGCCCGCCCUCUGCAGCCGCUGCCCGACUCCAAGCUGCUGCAUCACCUCAAGCAGCUCGACUCCAGGAGCACCAUCGAGAUCCUGCAGCGAGGCAGAACCACCGCCGAGUUCGCGGACCUCACCAAGGCGGACGUCUCCGAGCAGCUCGUCAAACAUCUCUGCUGAUGUUGUGCUCUGUCGGCCAUCUUGUUAAUGGCUGUCGGUGGUCGUCGGUGGGAAAGUCUUCGGGGCUCGAUCGAUAGUGAACAGAAUUUAUAUUGUAAAGUGGGUCAAUAAGUUAUUUUAUUUGAUAUGACGUGUUAAUGUAUAUUCACAAAGGCCUACACUAUUUUGACGACAGUGUUCAUUUUUAUAUAUUCUAAAUUAGGGACGGUUUAUAAUGUGAAAAGUUAGGAUUCAUUUGUUGUCAACACAGUCGUUAAAGGUGUUAAUAAGAAACAUAGUUUAAAAAAAAUAUUUUCGUCUUAAAAUAAGGAGGAGACUUUGACUUUGCACUUUUAAAUUUUUAACACAAUUUUCAUCUAUUUUGACACUUUCACCACGACUCUGCAGCUGCGACAAUCAGACACCGGGGGGGGGGGG